GAGCGUGCACUCUAUUGGAAUACAAUUGUCAGUGGAAAUGCUGACCGAUAUGAUAGUGGAGGAAGAGUUUGAGCUCAAGGAUGAGGAGCCAUGGUAUGGCAAACAGGACCUUGAGCACGAUCUCCAUUUGGCGGCUCAGCUGGGUAAGACCCUGCUGGACCGGAACCAUGAGUUGGAGCAGGGGCUGCAGCAGAUGUUCUCCACCAACCAGGAGCAGCUGCAGGAGAUUGAGUACCUGACUAAGCAGGUGGAUUUGCUGAGGCAAAUGAAUGACCAGCAUGCUAAGGUAUACGAGCAGCUAGAUGUGGCAGCCAGAGACCUGGAGCAGGGCAACCACAGGCUGAUUCUGGACAACCGCGUCGCCCAGCAGAGGAUCAACUGCCUGACAGAAACGAUCAACAGUCUUGAGACCCACAUGGAGGACUUGCAGACCCAGGUGGAGGAGCUGAGGACAGCCCAGUCUGACCGGAGCAGGAGAGAAUUGGCCGAACAGAGACACAACCUUGGAGCACAGAGUGUGUCCUGCCUCAAGGAGCUGUAUGACCUGCAGAAAGACAAGUGCGUGUGUGCAUGUAUGUGUCCUGCAGCUGUGCAAUUGAACCUGGUGCCAACAAACCGCUAAUGUUAUUGUUAGUCUAAAACAUCCAUUCCGCCACAGAACCAGAUGUGUUCAGCUUUAUUCAGCUCAAAUCAAUGUUGAUCAAUUUAAUUCUCAUCUCAACCAUGCAAACCAAGACUAGGUUGAGAAGAGAGUAGAUGGAGAUGGAACCCAAAUGAGCUGGCCUUAUUCUGCAGUGGGAAUGGUCACCGUGAACACUCAUUUCCUGCACUCUGAUUAUAGUAACUAAACCAUUUGGAGAUUAUGUGCAUGCUAAGAGAGGGAACACAAUAACAAACAAUAAACAGAGGAAGUUACCUUAAAUGUUAUUUUAAAGUACAGUAACAAGCAUGUGCCUUGAGAGGAAUGUUCUACUUCAGCUAGCCUGAAUGUUUGUCACUGGCCAAGUUAAAGUACAUCAUUCCAGGAACUGUGUGUCUGGCCAAGUUACAGGUCUUUCUGAAAGUUUUUAUAGAAACUGCACUAUCAAUCAUCAAUGGUGUCAAACCAGCAGUCAUAGAGCCUCUUCUCAUCUCUUCCCCUUCUAGUGAUCUGCAUACUGUGUAUUCCCUUUCAGUACAUAUUAAGUAAAGGAGACAGGCAGAGAGACACUUGACUAUUGAGAUGGGUCCAUAGUCUAAUGACUAUGUAUUA